AUGGGUCGGCCCCACCUCUUCUAUCUCCUGCUGCUGCUUCUCGUGCUUCCUCUAGCCUGGCAGCAAGUGGCGAACGCCGGGUCUUACCCUAUCAGCGGCGCCGCCUGCAAUUACGCCAAGGGCAGGUGGAUCCGGUCGCCUCACACCAAGCCCUCGUAUUCCGCGUACAGCUGCAAGACCAUUCGGUCGCAGGCCAACUGCUAUAAGAACGGCCGCCGCGACUACAAUUACCUCAACUGGCGCUGGCAGCCCGACGAGUGCACUCUGAAGAGGUUCGACUCGGGCAAGUUCCUGAGCCGGUACCGCAACAAGGUGAUCGGAAUCGCGGGCGACUCGUUCUCAGCUAACUUCGAGGACUCGCUACAGUGCAUUCUCUCCUCCAACUCCUCCACCUCGCGCAUGACGUCGAGCCUGGACACGGAGGACGUUAGCGGGUUCAUUAUUGACGCGUACAACGUCACUGUGCUGCACAUCGCCGCGGCUUUCCUUGUCGACGCGUCCCCUGUUGGCAAGGCGUCCAGCAGCGGCGUGUGGAACAUCAAUCUGGACAAGCCGCACAGCAGCUGGGCGAAAAUCCUCGAUGACAUCGACGUCUUUAUCUUCAACGCCGGUCACUGGUUUGUCAAUGCGCCGGACAGCCUCCGCCAAUACUACAUCGGCGGGGUGAAGCAGAGCGGGCUGACCGGCUUCGCAGCCAUGAAAAUCGCGCUCACGACGGUCCGCAACACGAUCGUCAAAUCCAACUUCCGCGGAAUCCCCGUGCUGCUGACCUUCUCGCCGUUCCACUAUAGCGACUCGUUCGACACGGGCAAGGACUGCGCGGGGUGGUGGCGGCCGAUGACCCAGGAGGAAUUUCAGGUGGCGCUUGAGAAGAGCGAGGCGGCGGAAGCGGUUAAGGAGCAGCUCGCGGUGUUCACCAACAGCGGCGGAAGCGGCUUCGGGCAGUGA